UCCUGCACGUGCGAACAGCUCGAUUAAGAUCAACUACUCAGUUAUCGAUACCACUCAAACACUACUCCAAGUCAACAUGAACCAGACGCUUUAUCGCGGCGCUGCGGUGUACGCAAGUGUGAGCGCCUUCGGCGCAGCAUGGAUGUGCUUCGCGCUUCCGGUACAGCACAACAGGAUCGGUCCGUUCAACUACCAUCGCCUGCUCAAGGUUGCUCGCCGUGUGCCAUGGCAGCGUCUACCAAAACUACCCAAAGCGUUGUAAUCACUGGCGCUGCCAGUGGCAUGGGCUUGGCCAUUGCUCAGGUCCGUGCAAGUCGUGGAGGUUGGCGCCUGCGUCUCCUCGACCGUACUCCAUCCUUCGAAGCGACCAUAUCCGAUCUCUUAUAAGAACAUUAUGAACAAUUUGUUACGCUGUCGCAUCGACUCUCGAGAACGUCUCGAAGCUUAUGAUCGGCUCGAUCCCGUAUUCGUCAAACGCUAGUAUCGUCCCAAGAUCCAUGUAGCACAGCCGACAACGGACAUGCACCACCUUCCAACUGGACGAACGUCGACAUCGACCUGGAGGGCGUUGCCAACACCAUCUGGCUUGGUCAGCAUUAC